AUGAGCACACAAGAUUCAUCUAAUACUGGCUUUACUAAUAGGCAGAAGGCAAAUCAAGAUUUAAAUCUUACAAUUCCAGAAGUUGAUGAAGUCAGCAUAAUUAAAGACGAGUUUUCAGAAUCUGUGCUCUCAAAAAUAAAAGUUUCUAAUUUUCUUUAUCAAAAGCAAGCUUUUUGUGGAUUUAUUAAUUAUAUAAAUAUUUUAUGUGGAAUUUUUUUUUUUAAUAUAUAUAAGAAUUUUUUUAAAAUGCGCUAUUAAUUAAGAUUAUUUUUAAAGCUCAAUAAUUUGCAAAAAAAUAUUUAAUAUUCUUGAAAAAAUGAUUUUAAAAAAUUAUUAAUGCUGCAUAAAAAUAUUAUGAGCGAGUAAGAGAAACAGGAUAAUCAAAGAAAAGCUGGGGCAUGAAGAAAAUGAUCCUCAAACAAUGACUCAGUAUUCUCCAGAAAAAGUUGAAGAAAUGGUCCAAGAAGAAGUUAGAAACAGAAGAAAAUACACAGGGCAACAACAAAAUAUGAGUCCUGGUGAAUCAUUAUUAAAGCCAUCAACUCGAAAACUUCACAUUGACAAUGGCUCAUGCUUCAUGUGCUAUAUUGUGAAAAAUAAAUCUUUGCAUGAUUUAAUCCCUGACUAUGAAUUAUCCCAUUUCUCAUUAUUUUUACUACAAAUUUACCAAACCUAUUAUUAUAAUUAUUUUUAAAAAAGUGUUUACUCUGAUUAGUAUCCUCCUUUUCAAUAUUCAUUAAUUUAUCAACAUGUAAACAAGUUUUUGAAGAAAUGUUGCAAAAACUCCCACAGUCCAAUGAAGCAAAUUUUGGACUAGGAAGGGUUUUGGCAUAUGAAGAAAAAUAUGAAGAAUCAAUAAAACACCUAAGAGUGGCUUUACGAAACAAGCCAAAAGACGUCCUUUUUUUAACCUGGUACCAAUUUGUGCAAUGAAAACUUGCAGGAAAUAGACAUGACCUAUUAAAUUUAAAAGAAGCAAUGGUUACUGUGCUUAGGGAGAAUAAAAAACAAAUAGAAAUACUGUGGGGGCUAAUGGAAAUUUCUCUAUCAAAACAGCUUGAAUGUGGCUCAGAAAUAGAAGUUCCCCAAUACUACGCAAGUAAUAUAAAAGAAAUUGAUACUUAUUAUGGCUAUUUAGCAUGAAGCACACUGUUUCUAAAACAAGACCAAGAAGAAAAAGGCCUAGACAUCUUGCAAGAAUUAAUUAAAUCAAACCCUGAUAUCCCAGAAGCUUAUAUUGUGCUAUGGGAACAUUAUUACUACAAGCAGCAUGAAUAUCUCAAAUCAGAAGAUUUGGCAGCUGAAGCAUUUUUAAGGAUCACAGACUAUGAAAACCAUCAGUACUAUAUCCUUUUCUGCAUAAUCUACGCAAAAUCAUACGCUCAGAACGGAAAACUCCCAAAUUGUCUAGAACUUUUAAUGCAAAAAUUCAAUGAGCAUCCGACAUAUACAGUGUUUUUGUAUCAUUAUGGCAGAAUCUGUGCAAAAUCUGCAGACCCAAGCUAUAGAGGGUCAGCAAUUGCAGCGCUUGAAGAAAGCUUGAGGCUUUGCAAUAAGACGAGGUUUGGGAAGAUUUAUUAUUGGCUUGCCAAAGUCCUGGUAGAGGACAAGCAGAUAUAUGAAGCCUCAAAAGCGAUCAAAAAAGCAAGAAAAUUGCUGCCAAGCACUGAAGUUCCAAAAUUAAAUGAAAUUAAGCAGCUAUAUGAAGACAUCAGGCCUAAAAUUGAGCUUAUUGAUACCCUUAAAAACAGUUUUAAGGCAAAUAUGACUGAAGAAGAGCUAGCUAACUGUAAAAAUUUGUGUGAUCAAGUAAAAGUUUUCAGUAAAGAAAUAGGAGAAUGCUAUGAUGCAAGGCUAUUAUGAAUGAAAGGAGAAGAGGAAGAGGCCAUUGAGCUGCUUGACGAAGUCUCUAGCUCUGAUACUUUAUAUUUAAAAGCUUAUGACGAAGUCUUCAAAUACUUAAAAAUCCAAAAUAAUUCCAAACUUCUCAAAAAAAUUGGCAAAGCGAUGAUUUCACGCUGCAAAGUCGUGAAAUUCCCUGUAUCUGUAUGAAUGAAAAUGCAUAUUCUGUACGCUGACGUUUUGUCUAUAACAGCGACCCCUGCUGAUGCGAUUAUCUUAUUAAAAUGCUUAGCCAAGGUUUUCCCACCUCUUCCAUUUGCAGAAAUCCCAUAUACAAAGACCCUUAAAAGGGCAAAAAAUUUAGAUGAGCUAGAAGCAGCUUGUAAUAAAGCAAUAGAGUCAUCUAAGUCUUAUAGCUAUACAAAUUAUAGAAAUACCCAGGCCAAUAUUUUAUCUGAGGACUAUUUUGAGUCGUAUUUAUCGAAAAAUAAUGUUGAAUAUAAGUUUAAAGGACUGGAGGAUAAAAAAAGCAAAAAAUUGCCUGUGCAGGCUCAGCAGCUGUCAAAUGAUGCAUUUUUGGUAUGCUCGGAGCCUGAUUUUUUAUAUAAAAUAGCAAAAUUGGCGGUUAAACAUCAUGUGCAUAUUGAUGAUGGGCUUUGUGCAAUUGAAGAUUAUUUGUUGCUGCUGAAAUUUAACCAGAGAAAAAAGCAGAAGCAGUUUCAGAGAGCAAAAGCGCUGUAUUUGAAGGCGUUUUUAUUGGUGGAAGGGUUUAAUCUGAUGGGAGCUAUACAACUGAUGGAAGAAGCUUUACCCUUACUUGAGCAAGUAGGAGCAAAUAACAAGGCAGAAAAAGUGAGAAAGUUUUUAGCUGAGCAUUCUUAA